AGUGGAAGCAACAACAACAACGAUAAAGGAUGACGAUGAGAUGGGGUGUUUCACCGCGGUGGUGCGGUACCCUACCCCAUUGCACGUGAAACAUUAUGUGAAGAUGAUGAAGGAAGGAUGAAAAUACAAGGAAGAACUAAAGCGUCUGGAGCAAUCCAGUGGACGACAGGAAGUCCAUGAACAAGUGAAGAACCCGACGAUGGAGCACAGGAUCUUCACAGGGGCCAAUGAGUGCAGCUAAGAGAGACGCCUGGCACGAUGGCUGUCUGGUGGAGGUCCCGCCGUCAGCUUCGAGGGAUCUUCAUGUUGGCAGCUGUGUUUUGGAUAAACCUGUUCAUUUUCGGCCUGUUUAGAUCUGGCGGGGUCAUAUACGUUGCCCUCGUGGAGACUUUCGGCUCCAGCCACGAAAUUGCCGCAUGGCCCAUCAGUCUUGCUGGGGCAACUUUGUGCAUGAUAGGUCCUGUUGCUAGCGGUCUUAUACGUGUGCUGUCCAUUCGGGUUAUCGUCACCAUUGGGGUCUUCGUCACCUUCUUAUCUGCAUCACUCUGCUAUUUGGCGGAAGAUGUCAUUACUAUACUGAUACUGAUUGGGAUCCUGUAUGGCGCGGGAGUUGGACUUACCUGCACUCUAACCCCCCUCUUUGUGACCAAUCAUUUCAAGCAGCACCAGGCGAUUGCGUGCGGCCUCGCCUACUCAGGGUCCACUGUGGGAUCAUUUUUCUGGCCACCGUUACUGGAGUACCUCAUCGACGAGUACGGGCUCAGAGGAUGUCUUCUUAUUUACGGAGCCCUUAUGCUGCAUGGCAUCCUCGGCAGCAUUGUCUUGCAAGCAGCGCCCGAGCAACAAGAACCCGACGGUGACUCUCCAGAAAACUAUCAUGAAAGAGAAAAGCUCAACGACAAGAGAGUGACACGUGAACCCCGUGUGCGAUCAUCCGUUGGUGAAUGUGAGAACGUGUCUGGAAUAUCUGUGUCCGGUUUAUACAUGAUGUGCUCCGAAAGCGACCUGCGCCAGAGUCGGAAUGGGUCGUUAUCGCACGAUCCACGUGUGCGCCGUGGUUCCUGCAGUGUCGAGGAAUACUCUCUCAUGUCAACACGGCACGGACCCGCAUCUGAACACGUGACAGAAGAAAUAAGCAAGACAUCGAUGUGUUGUUCUCAAGUGUCACGCGUUAUCUUAAAUAACUGGGCUAUUUUAGGGAACAGAUAUUUUAUCUUGGUCACCAUAUCGGCAGUGUCGUAUUUUUUUGUCUUUGCGACUUUCAUCAUUGUGAUACCCGAUUACGCGACGGACAAUGGGAUUCCCCGUCAAGACGCUGUCUUUCUGCUCUCAGUCUUUGGGAUGGCAGAUCUGAUCAGCAAACCGGUACCUGGUCUGUUAACGUACAAGGGAAUAAUGACCAAUAAGAAUGUCUUUAUCUCAGGCGGGUACCUUACGGGCCUUCUUAUGUUUAUCAUGCCGCACCUGCGCAGUCACGCGUCAUUCGUGGUCCUCACAUUUCUGUACGGUCUGGUAGCAGGUGGCCUCAUCUUCAUGUCUCCUGUGCUACUGACAGAGUUCCUCGGCAUGCAAGUGGCCACUGUAGCCUUCGGAAUGUCAAAUUUCCUUCUCGGGGCAUCGUCACUGUUCAGGCCGCUAAUUAUAGGUUAUUUCAAGGACAACUGGCACAGUUACAAUGGUUUGUUCUACGCGAUGGCAGCAGCCUGCUUGGUUCAGUCCACCAUUUGGUUCGUAUUUCCGAUCCUGGAGAAAGUCAAGCAGAAGACGAACGAAGACAAGCCUACCGAACAAUCUGUGUCGGCAGCACAUGUCUGAAGGCUUCAGAUAGGGGCCAGGGCAAGCGUUUCUUGGCACGCUUUGAACCUCAUGGAGGUAGUAUAUUUGCAAAGUGCUUGCAAGUGCUUGUUCGGCAAAAAAGCGAAAGAACCGGCUCUUUCAAGGAGCACGUGGUGUUAGCGAACGCUUCUGCGAAGCGCUUGUUUGCCCUGUUGACAACGCAUGCUGAUACGAAGAACAGCAGGAAACUUUAUUUUGUCACCACUAAAUGGAUAGCAUUUACUCAUUGUGCCGGCAACAAAGUGAUAUACAUUAAAUGACAUCGAGUGGUGGUAGCUGUGUUUGUCUGUGUGUGAGCUGGGUUUGUGUUUGGGCUGGACGAUGCAAGAUCAUUAUGUUCAUUAAAUAAUUUUAGUACAGACUAAGAA